GGAGGAGGAGGAGGGGGGGAGGAAAAACACUAAAGGGGUAGCUAUGGAGAUAUAACGUUUUCCUGGCUGCUUUCUUUGACAGGUGUUGAGUGGGUAAAAGUCUUAAAACAGAAUCCAGCAUGUACGCCAAAGGUAAAGGAGCUGUCGUCCCCUCUGAUAGCCAAGCGAGAGAAAAGUUAGCUUUAUAUGUGUACGAGUACUUGCUGCAUGUUGGUGCACAGAAAUCCGCACAGACCUUCCUGUCAGAGAUCCGAUGGGAGAAGAAUAUCACACUAGGAGAGCCGCCUGGGUUCCUGCACUCUUGGUGGUGUGUAUUCUGGGAUCUGUACUGUGCAGCCCCGGACCGGCGGGAGACAUGUGAACAUUCCAGCGAGGCCAAGGCUUUCCACGACUAUAGUGCAGCAGCAGCCCCCAGUCCUGUAAUGGGCAAUAUGCCUCCUAAUGAUGGCAUGCCAGGCGGGCCCAUGCCUCCCAGCUUCUUUCAAGGUCCUCCUGGCUCACAGCCCUCUCCUCACUCUCAGCCUCCCCCACACAACCCCAACAAUCCCAUGAUGGGACCCCACGGUCAGCCUUUCAUGUCUCCACGGUACCCAGGGGGACCCCGCCCAUCACUCCGCAUGCCAAAUCAGCCUCCUGUGGGUGUUCCAGGGUCACAGCCACUCCUGCCAAACAGUUUGGAUCCCAGACCACAGGGACAUCCAAACAUGGGCGGCCCAAUGAGGAUGAACCCACCCAGGGGGAUGGGAGGCAUGGGCCCACAGAACUAUGGUGGUGGGAUGAGGCCUCCUCCUAACUCUCUUGGUGGCCCAGCCAUGUCAGGAAUGAACAUGGGUCCGGGUGGUCGAGGUCCCUGGCCAAAUCCUAAUGCAAACUCAAUAGCAUACUCAUCCUCGUCACCUGGAAACUAUGUGGGGCCUCCAGGAGGUGGAGGGCCACCAGGAACGCCCAUCAUGCCAAGCCCAGGAGACUCAACAAAUUCCAGUGAAAACAUCUACACUAUGAUGAACCCUAUCGGCCCUGGCGGCAACAGACCUAAUUUCCCAAUGGGGCCUGGCCCUGACGGCCCAAUGGGUGGAAUGGGGUCAAUGGAACCACAUCAUAUGAACGGGUCACUAGGCUCGGGGGAUAUGGAUGGGUUGCCAAAGAACUCUCCAAACAAUAUGGCAGGUAUGAAUAACCCUCCAGGGACUCCGCGGGACGAGGGAGAGAUGGCAGGCAACUUCUUAAACCCAUUCCAAAGUGAAAGUUAUUCACCCAACAUGACGAUGAGUGUUUGAUUAUUUUUCCUCGUUUUGUUUUUUUUUAUUUUACCUUUAUUUUUUAUUUUUUUAUUUUUUUAUCCCUCCGUGCUUUUUCCCCUCUUCACAUUACACUGCAUCCGGUGGGUUUUAUACCCACUUUUUGCCCUGUCUCCCCCCUUCCCAUGUCCUCUGCUCCUUUUGUAACACUCUGGGUUGGUUGGGGGGCGGCUCCCCUCAGCCCGUCGUCAUGGUUACGGAGCGCAGGAUGCCUGGCCGGUCUCCCCACUCCAAAGCUGGCGCGGUGGCGUCCGCAGGACGAAAGCAGGCCACAAGCCACAGAAAGAAUCUCCACUCCACCCCCACCUGCCUGCCUGGCUUCCUUACCGGCCCAGGACACUGAGGGUCCUGAGAGUGUGGGUGUUAAUGAGCGUAUGAGUGUGUGUGUGUGUGCGUGUGGUUUUCUGUAUGGGAGGGACUGUUCCAGAAAAACUCACAGCAAGCUGCUGCUGCUCAGCGCCAAGGCCGGUGGUCUAAUUUCAGUCACAUUUUAUUCUCUCUCCUCUUUAACGUCUUUUAACGGCAGUCGACGACAGAGGCUUGAGUCGGUCCACUGUUCGACUGUCGUGUACAUUCUGAAACGGAAAAGCUAAACUGGUGAUGAUAGCUCCGGGGCAGAAACGGUCUCCUCAUUAUAUAUUUGUAUAUUAUUGAUUAUAUUAUUGUUAUGAUUUUCAUAAUUGAUAUUGCUAUGAUGUAGUCAUGAUUUUAUGGAUUUUCCUGUAAAGGGCACAUUUGUAUCUCAACGACAUUGAAGACAGAAUAAGCACACACUCAAGAAUGCACAAUGACACCUCUGUUUACAUGAUUUUAGGUAUUUGUCUCUUUUUUUUGUUUUGUUUUGUUUGUUUGUUUUGUCGGAUGUCUCCUUACAUAUACCUCUUCCUGUGUUCUUCAUGGAACUGAUGUCAUCACUACCAGAUUACCAUAGUAAAAGUGUACUUCUCAGUAUUUGAGUCUGUAUGAAUUUGAUGGCUGUCUGCUUAUCACACGAUUGCAAUCACUGUCAGCACUGGAUCUGAAACAUUUGUAGAAUAUUUUGCACCCUCCCAGAUGUUCUUUUUUCAGCUGUUUUCGUCAUGCCUGACCUGUGCGUUCAUGUGUUGUCUUCACUGCGUUUUUAUCAUGUAGCAUGAAAAAGCUUAUUGCAGUCACUGUCAGUAGGCUUACUUACUAAAAAGACUUGCUCUAAUCUUGCCUUGUCAAAGCAUCCCAGCUGUAAUUGGUUCACCUCUAUUCAUUGUAAUGUCCCUUACAGUUACAUGUAAGCUGUCAUUAAUGUUUAUUGUGACUUUGGCAUCAUGUAUUGAUUUUGAAAUGAUUUUGAAUUCUUUCAAUCCUGAGUGCCUGGAGGAGCGGAGAGAAAAUAUAAAUAAUGAUAAAAAAAUCCUCCUACAGGCUCCAUGGCAGUUCCUCAUGCUUUUAUUUUUAAGUCCCAUACCUGUAAAUACAACCUACUUCUCUUAUUGGUCAUUGAGUCUCCUUUGUAUUUUCAAUACACUACUUGUCUGUGAAUCUUGUGUGGUUCCAUCUUUUUCUUAGUGUAUGUUUAUUUUCUGUUUUCAAAUGUGCAGUCUGAAAACUCCUCAUAAGUCCCAGCUAGGAAGUUUGGUCACUCGUUAUCGGUCCUGUGGACAUCGUGAUAAAUCCGACUGCCACAUUUAUCGACCCUGUUGAUUACCCCUUUCGUUCUGAUUGCGUGUCCAUAUCACUGUGCUUCAGAUACGGUUUUAAAUUUAGUUUAGACCUGUAAAAUCUGAUUGGGCCGCCACUGAAAAUGCUUUUUGUCCCGUGACUAUGCGGGUUUUUCUCAGCACCAGGCUCACCCUCUGAUCACAAUUUGAGGAGUAAAUAGUCACUCAGUGCUCUCCGAGCUGGCUGAUACACAGCCCCCUCCUGCCCAACCCUAUCCCAGCCCCCCUCCCCCACUUUCUUACUGCCCUUCACCUUUUGAUUUUAUUUGUAAAUACUGUAAAAUGCAUUUUGAUAUCAUUGACAUGUUUUGAUAUGUCAGUCACAACCAACGAGUACAGCUGAAAAUAAGUUAUAAAGAAUUUGUUUUGUGUUUUUGUAUUUUAAAGAGAUGGUUUGGUGUAAAGUAACAGAUUGAGGGGAACCCCUAUUGCAUAAACUAAGGAAUACGAGAAAAUAUUUUUCUGAAUUAAUACCUCAAAAAGAAUCAAAUUUAAACUCACUGUAAACAUUUGUAUCUCUGGUGGGAUUUGCGAAUACGGCAGUGUGUUUGUGAAAGAAAAGCGUUUUUUUUUUUUCUGGGUCUGAAGACAGAGCUGUAUAUAGUUUUCAAAAGGACAGAGAGAGAUGGCUGUUUGAUACAUUGUGGCACUUAAGGCUAGCAAUCGUGAUACGUGCUGGCCUGUAUUCACACAAAUUAACCUCAAUUUGCUAUUUGACCUUCACUCACUGAAGACAGCUGCACUUUCUGCAGGACAUCCUAUUGAUAUUAUGGUCCCUGUUAACUGCAAUAUGAGAGCCAUCAAAUUGAUGUAGCCUUCCCAUUUCACAGAUGUAGACCAAUGUACCAUCCAACCAAGGGACCAAAAGUGCAAAUUUUCAACUUACGAGUGCAAACGUAAUAUGAGACGGUCUGCAUUCCACUGCAUUUGAAGAUGGCAUUGUGCAGACUGAUUCUCUGAUCCUCUCUCAGUCCUUAAUUGUACAAUUGUUGGCCAUCUCUGUACUUCUAUUGUGAUGUAUAAUACUGUAACAUUAGGAAGAAUUUGGGAAAGGGUUUGGGGGGAGGGGGCGGGGGUGUAUUCGGGAGGUUUGGUGAGGGAGGGAAGAAAUGAGAUUUUCCUGUACCUUUCAUUGUCCUUUCUGGCGACAUGACAGUAUUCAAUAUGAAGCAGUCUGUCUCAUUGGGUUUGCUUUGUAUUUCAUGGUAGGCUAGUUUGGAUCUGUGUCUUAGGGACUUAGGUGUCUUGUGUAGGUAAUAAAGAUGUCCUUUGUAUGUUACUUUAUAUUGUAAAGUUUCUUUAGACUGACAGAAAAAAAAGAAAAUUUGCUUAUCAAAAACAAAUGGCUGCAUCAAUAAUAAAUGUAAUUUGAUAUUUUCCU